CUGAAUUUUGCGAUAAAACAAAUACUUUCUCAUCUCACCCCAAAAUCAUCCCAUUCACCAUUUUGAAAAGGAAAUUAAGGAAUUGUUCAUAGAUUCGUUUGGGAAUUGCAAUUUUAGUAGUGAUAGAAUCAGAUUAAUUAGGGUUUGUUUGAUCCUCGAUCCGCGAUCGAUUGAUCUCGCGUUUCACCAGCGGGUACAUUUAAUGAGCCUGGGAGAUGGCUAAGAUAAUGCUUGGAUCUCACUCGGUAAAGAGCCAUGGAUGGAAGGUGGCUCGAGAACAUCUUUGUGACUGGCUCAUCCUCGUAGUCCUCGGUCUGAUCGACAUUGUACUCAAUGUUAUCGAACCUUUUCAUCGCUACAUUGGACCAGACAUGUUAACCGAUCUCACGUUCCCAUUUUAUGAAGACACCAUCCCUAUGUGGGCUGUCCCGAUUAUUUGUAUAUUGGUUCCUAUAUGCAUCUUCAUAGUGUACUAUUACUAUCGAAGAGAUGUUUAUGAUCUUCAUCACGCCAUUCUCGGUAUCGGAUUCUCAUGUCUUGUGACUGGAGUCACCACUGAUUCCAUCAAAGACGCUGUUGGUAGGCCACGACCUAACUUCUUUUACCGAUGUUUUCCCAAUGGCAAACCGAAAUUUGAUCCGGAUACUAAGGAUGUUGUGUGUCAUGGAGUUAAAAAGAUAAUCAAAGAAGGUUACAAGAGUUUCCCUAGUGGUCACACUUCGUGGUCCUUCGCUGGUUUGACUUUCCUAGCGUGGUACUUAUCGGGUAAAAUCAAAGUAUUUGACAGAAGAGGUCACGUGGCGAAGCUAUGCCUUGUGUUCUUACCGAUACUCAUAUCAAUUCUCAUCGGAAUAUCACGCGUAGACGACUAUUGGCACCAUUGGUCUGAUGUCUUCGUCGGAGCUAUCAUCGGACUCAUAGUCGCUUCUUUCUCUUACCUCCACUUUUUUCCAUACCCUUACGACGAAAACGGAUGGGCACCACAUGCGUAUUUCAGAAUGUUGGCGGAGAGGAGUACUGGUAGAGCCACGACAAUGACUCGAACCGGUUCUCGGGGGACGUUGGACAACGACGUCGAGCCUGGCACCUCCGCCUCCUCGCCGCACGAUCGCCACCGUGAAAGCACUGAUUCUGACUUUUGAAAAUUUCCUCCGCAAUGUUAAAAAAAGUUAAUUAGCCGUGUAGUUUCUAAUUGUAUGAUUGUUGUCACUUACUGAUAAUAUACAUUGUUGUUCCUUCUCUUAACAUAUACAUUUUUCAUUUUGGUU